AUUCCCUCUCAAACCGGAGCAUCUGUACUGAUGCCUCGUGCUCGUUCUUUUUCCCUUCAUCCAGCCACAAACUGGACCAAGAUGAAAUCGAUUAAAGGUGUUAUCAAGAAAACUAAAGGAGAAACGCAUGCCACGGAGACAAAAAGUACAAGUACUAGACGAAAAAAUGCAACGACUUUAAAAAAGGAUAAAUCAAUGGGAAUAAUAAAUAAAAAAAUCGAAGAAGAUCCUCAACAUACCGUAGAGACCCAAUUAAAAAAAGUACAGAAAAAAAAUAAACAAAUGGGUAAAAUUCAGGAUAAAUUGAAAAAGGUGCCUAUAGAAAAGAAAAAUAAAAUGAAGAAUAAAAUGAAGAAUAAAAUUUCAAGUAUUUUGGUGGAGCAGAAAAAAAGUGAUAUAGAUUCUAAUGAAGCAGAGAAAAUUUCCGGCGCAUCUCGAGGACCAUGUGCUCCCAAAAGUGAGGUUAACCCUGAAAAGCUUCAUAAAUUGUCGAAAGUUAAGAAGAGAGUGGCUCCUGAUGAAGCAUCUCCUUCGGCGACAAAAAAAUUGAAGACUUCCGUCACGACAAAACUCAAAGGCACGAAAACAAAAUCUCGAGAUGAGAAAAAAAAAGAUGUGAAAAAUAUUGCAGAGAUGAUUGGUGACAUGGAAAUCACGAAAGCUCAUGUUAAAAAAUGCGUUAAAACCGUAUUACAAUUGGCCAAGAAGCCAAAGGAAGGAAAAAAAAUUUUAUUGCCUGAGGAGGACAAUAAUAUCUUCCUCCAAGUAACUUGUAUAAAAAUACCGAAAACACCUAGAAGGCAGCUGAGAGUAUUUUUACCGAAUAUGAUGCUUGGUCCAACAGAUGAGGUGGCAUUAUUCGUACCUGAUUUGGAGAAAGGUCGACGAAAAGAUUAUGAAAAAACAGUGGACCACUGGGAAACGAUUUUAAGAGAAAAAAAUGUAUCGCAGAUCAAAGAGAUUAUUCCGAUGAAUAGAGUGAAAACUGAAUUCAGUCAAUACGAGAUGAAACUCAAACUAGGACGACUGUUUGAUUAUUUCUUGGUAGAUGGAAGAAUUGCUGGCCACAUGACUCAUCUCCUUGGCAAAACCUUCAGACGAGCAGCGCGUCCUCCUACACCAGUUAAACUCCAAAGGGAUAACUUGAAGAGUGAAAUCGAAAAUGCAUUACGAAAAACAAGUAUGGAGAUUCAUGGCUUGGGUAAUUGUCACACAAUGCAGGUAGCAUCUGUAACGAUGAGCGAACGAGAAAUUGUUGAAAAUAUUAUAGCAGCCUGUAAAACAUUGGAGCAGGAGUAUCCUGGAGGAUGGGAAAAUAUUCGUUCUAUUACAGUGAAAACGACAAGGGGCUUGGCUAUUCCUGUUUAUUUUUCCAUCAAAAAUAAAAAUAAUGUACCCGUUACGAGAAUCAGAGGUAAGAGACCGAAAGCAUUUAAAACCGUGGAGGGAGAACUGUCAACAACUUUGAGUGAUGUCAAAGUUCAGGUACAACCGGGAGGCAGAGUUAUAUUGAAGAAGAUCAAAACGUAAAAAUCUGAUACUUCUCAUUUAAUAAACAAACCUUGUAAAUACUGUACAUAACUGAUACUCAGUAAUAUAAGUUUUUGAUUGUA